CUGCGUUAUUUUCCCUACUAAUUUACCAUGGCUACUACAGUACCUCCAUCAGCACCUCCGCCACCACCACCAGCUGCUCCAGCUAAAUUAAGUUUCCCUUCCAAGGUAUAUAAUGGUUUAAUUGGAGCCGUGGAUAAACGUGUACCUGAAAAACUGCGUCCCUUGUGGAAUCAUCCAGCUGGACCCAAAACAAUAUUCUUUUGGUCUCCCCUAUUCAAAUGGGGUUUGGUAAUUGCCGGUUUAAGUGAUUUGGCACGUCCCGCCGAAACCUUAUCGGUAUCACAGUGUGGCGCCUUAGCGGCUACCGGUAUCAUUUGGUCACGCUACUCAUUGGUUAUUAAACCGAAAAAUUGGAGUUUAUUUUCGGUGAAUUUAUUUGUUGGUCUUGUACAAUCGGUACAAUUGGGCCGGGCCUUUAUGUAUCAACAGGAACAAAAGGCCAAGGCACUGGGUGAGGCACCAGCAGUUGCAGCCAUAACAACUGGACAAAAGUAA